AUGAUACAGAAUCGAGUUGACGAUGACGACGACAACAACGGCGGUGGUUCUCGUGUCACAGGCGUGACCGUGUGGGAGCUCAUGACGUUCGGAGGCAAGCCGUACGAUGGAAUCUCUGCGCGGGACAUCCCCGGGCUCCUGGAGAAGGGGGAGCGGCUCCCCCAGCCCCCGGUGUGCACCAUCGACGUCUACAUGAUCAUGGUGAAAUGUUGGAUGAUCGAUGCUGAGUCCCGGCCCCGGUUUAGCGAGCUGGCUACCGACUUUUCCAAGAUGGCUCGUGAUCCUUCCAGAUACCUGGUCAUUCAGGGAGAUGAGCCUAUGGCUUUGCCAAGCCCCACGGACAGCAAAUUCUACAAGAGCUUCCUGCAGGAUAGCAACGAGGAGCUGGGAGUCGUCUCCAUGCAGGAGGAGACCUUCCUGAACUCCUCCACGCGCCCGUUCCACCUCAUGCCUCCGCCUUCGGGCCGACGGCAUGGCACCGCCACACUGGGCAGCAAAGAUGGGACUUCACCUCCGCCACCCUACACGCCAAUGUCUGGGAGCGUUGACUUCGAGCCGGAUUGCGGGACGCCUGCGGCGUGCGACCGGAGCAUCAGGCGCAGUCUGUCGCGCCGCUCGGAGACGUUGACGGCGCCGGGCCCCGCGGCGGCGGCGGCGGCCACGGGGGGCGCGGGACGCGCCGACCCCGCGGCGCUCGGCAAGUGGCCGGCUUCCCGCGGCCUCCUGGAGCGUGGCCGCCGGGACGGCGCGGAAGACGCGGAGGGCGGCAGCCUGCGCUACAGCCGGGACCCGACGGAUGCCUUCGCUGAGGUGGAGUCCCCCGACUGCGAUGGCUACGUGUCGCCCUUGCCGUGCGGCCAGACGCCCCGCGAGACAGAAACUUCCUGGCCUCUGCCGGCAGGGCCUCCGCCGGGCCAGCGAUGGAUGCUGGGAGACGGCCCGUCGGAGUACUCCGUGCCUCCGCUGCGUGAACCAGCUCUGCCGCCCUCCCGCGCCGUGCCCGGCAGCCCCGGGGGGGACGCCCGUUCGGACGUCGGCCCCGAGGGCCGGGGCGACGGAGAGGCGGAAGACGGCGCAAAGGGCGACGCUUCGCCGUUGGACGGCGCCGCCGGGGGAGUGGGUGGGCACCCGGAUGAAGCGCGCGCGCUCAGGGGGGCGGAGUACAUGGAAAUGGACGGAUCGCCGGACGAGAGCGCCGAGUACCUGUCGCCGCCCGUGCCGCAGCCCGCCUUCAGGGUGGCAGACGCCCCCGGCGCCAAUGAGAAUGGGCACGCGGUUAGCAGGAGCCACGACAGCCUUCCCACGGAGGCGAACAGGGACAGCUUGGGCACUCCAAGCUAUCUGCAGACGGCGCUCGCCCUGCCGCUGUUCAAGCCCGGCCGACAUGUCAAGUUUUCCGCCGCGGAGAACUUGGAGUACCUGUCGGAUUUCGCGUGAUCGCGACGGCUUCAGACGUUUGUGAAGGGGACGCGCAGGCUACCCUUUGCAGUUUACGUGGGGGCAGUCGUCGCGAUUGGGAAGGGUUGGAAGAAAAAAAAAUACGUACAGUUUUAAUGCCGCUGUCAUUGGCUCCGUUUCACACACAGAUGUCGUACAGAUGCCUUUUAACACAAACUUACUGCGGUAUAUGGUAAUAUUUGAAUAUAACAGCAGGAAAAUGUUAUAUUCGCCACACCUGGUCACAUAACAAAAGCCAAUAUUGUAACCUGAAACUGUGAAACCUUGUCACUUGGAUUAACACAGACAUUACAUCACCGCUUGCAUAAAUAUGCGAAUGUCUAUGUGUAAGUGGUAGCGAUGCAUACAAAUGCAUACGUAGUUCAGUCAUGCUGUUUAUUAUUAUCAUUAGAUUACUCACAUAGACAACUGCUCUCAUUAAAGAAAAUGCAACCAGAGAGCCACGGGGUCAUUAAGAUUAACACCCCCCCACACACUCGAGGGUGAAUUGCGAACAGCAUAGCUGCAUGGCUCGGAAGCAAUAUGAAGUGUUGUGUGUCAUGUGCUGUGUGGCACUGCGAUUUGAAGCACCCGAGCUUGCAACCAGUGGGGGUAUUAACUCACCCUAUCUUGCCUCCAGAGUGAGUACAAUAUGAACCAUUUUACUGAUGUAGGCAGCAAUGGUCAUCCGGUGGAGAGAAUAGCCCCCUAAGUCAGGAAUGGGGAAAGGCCGCCGCUGGCUCAGGACUGCCCCAUGUCUCCUCGGACACGUGGAAAUGCUUCUUCUGGUGUCUGCCUGGAAUUAUCUGUGAAAAGCUAAACUUGAAUGUCAAGGUGCCAUGAGCCACGCCACGGCUUCGGGUGGCGGUGCCGUUGAUGAAAUUGAGGUUUUAUUGAAGUGUCGCUGUGGGCGACUGAUGAUGAUGGGUUCCAUUAUUUUAUUACCGUCUCCCCAGUGUUUGGGAGACAGCAGCACUAAUUGUAAGAGGGGUCGCAACCACCGCCGUUGGGAAGAUUGAGUCGGCGAGUGGAUAGGUUGGGGCAUCGCCUUGUGCUCGCUAAUCACCACGAUGAGAGGAUUGCACUAGAAUAGAAGUGAUUACAUUAUAUCGCAAUCUGUUAUGGACAACAUUGCCCACACUCUAAAGCAGAGUUUUGUAAAUCCCAGAGCUGAGUGAUGCAUGAGAACUUGUACCAGCCAAAAUGAGAGGUUAGCCUUCCCCUCCAGUUCCGAUGACGUCUUUUUGACCUCUCUGUUUGCCUACCAAGUUCUGCCCACCGUUGGCAGGGGUCGUGACGACUGUGUAGCGGACUCUGGGUUUCCGUGUACUGAUUCACAGCCACUCGUUUAAAUCAAAGUCCCCAAUCGCCAACCGAGUUCUUGUCGAGCGGUGACCAGAAUCGUAGGCCACGACCGAGUUCGGUGAGCAGUCAGUGUUUAAGAGCCAUUCGGCUCUUAAAUCGGGUGCAACCGCAACAAACAAAAACAUGAACAAGAAAACAUCUUAAAGUGACCACGCAAACAGAAGAAUCCAGGAAAAAACAGCAAAGUCUUCCAGAAAAAGCACCGCAUAUCAACGCUAUGUGCAAAAAUCCCAGUGGGAUGCAAGUCAAACAAUAACAACCAUAAGACAAUUUAGAUUCAAAGUCACGGAACGUGGUGGGGGAAUUGUAUUUGUUCGUCGCUGUUCGUGUGAGAGGGAGCUCGACCACGGCGAUGACCCUGACUGGGCUUUGAAGGUCACCGGACCUGCAGCGACGAAGAUCGGCAAAGUGAUGCUCUGACGGCAAUGCUGCGGUGUUUGAUAUCGACGAGUUGAACGGAUCAUCUGGUGACGCUGCUGCAUUGGCGAGCGGUGCACGCGCACAAGCAACAUAUAGAUACUGACAGUAGCCUUUAAGGCAGCGUUGUUGACGAGUGUGUUGAGCUAUUUGAUAUUAACACGGGGGGGGGGGGGGCGGUUAUAUGUAGCAUAUUCUCCAUCACAGUUGACUCGCGACGGCCUGGUUGUAAACUAAACGUAGCUGCUAAGCCACAAGCAAUGUCUUGUCAUUCUCCACCGAGUUCGUCGUUUUAUUAUUAUGCUCUUAUACAAAGUAAGCGAAGAAGGGAAAACACCUCGCCGUUUAAGUUAUUUUCCAGGAAACAUUGCAGUAUUUAGUGUUUGUGUGUACAGCGUUUAUGGGUAUUAUCAAGCAUUAAUUUUGCUCGCGUUCAGGCUUAGAGUUGGUGCACUUCUGAUUUUGGCAUAUUUGAUCAAUGUGCUUGACUGAAGAUAUAUGAUCUAAUCCCUGUUUAGCUCCUCCGUUGUAAUUAAUUAUCAUGAUCAUAAACUAUGUGGAAAUGCCUCUACGUUAAAUAAUAAUAAUGCAAAAAGCAAGUGGAGUAUUGUGGUGACAUUUAGUUCUGGAAAGUGCGUUACUUUUAAAUAAUAUAUCAGAGUGUGGGCAGAUAAUGUAUGGUACGCCAAAUAAUAUCGUUGUUUUAACACAAAUAUAAUAUAGCUGGAUUAUAUUCUCGUUUCAGUUUUAAUAUGCUAGUGUCUAAACGUGAAUGAUUUUCGGAUUGUAAAAUGUUGUAGCAUUGCUCAUAUGUGUUGUUUUGUAUAGCGACUAUUUAAAAUUGACGCGUAGUAGAAUUUUUACGAUAACAGGUACAGUUGUAUAAAUUAAUUAUGUUUUUUUGUGUGUACAAUUUUCUUUUUUCCCGUGAUGUAGAAUUAAGAAUGUUUUUUAACUGCACCGGUGAAUGGGGGACAGGGGUUGACUGAGGGGGGGGCCGUCUUCUCUUGAGAGAAAUCCGCUUUUAUCGUCACGGUACUUUACAUCAACAAUGGCAGCGCCGUGCGUCUGCGAGCACUAUUGGGAAGGACGGGGAGUUAUAUACUCGUGAAAGUAAUAAUGACAGUGUUGAAAUAUCACCGGUGGAUACUUUUUGGGAAAGAGCACUCCUCCCGCAUUGCAAUGUAGCAGCAUCACGCUCGCGAUCUUAAAAUAGAGGCCAUUAGAGUGACCCAAAACUGAUGUAUCAUCUAUUAUUCAGAAACGUAAUAAAACUUACACAUGACUGUG